AUGUAUGCAGGGGUUCCUUUAAUUUGUAUUCCUUAUGCAGUUGAUCAAUUCUAUAAUGCAUCCCUCAUUGAACACUUGGGAAUUGGAAUUUAUGUUCAUUCAGGACAAGAUUUCGCAAAAGCAUUGAGAAGUGCUCUAAAAAGUAUUUUGAUUGAUAACUAUGAGUAA